GGUUCUCUAGCUUUCAUGAGAGAAACGUACGUAUAUAAAGACACCCCCUUCCCCCUUGGAAUUCCUGCCACCACCAGAGCAUUCAAGAACUCUCUCUCUUUCUCUCUCUCUGUGAAAUUCCAGAAAAGCCUGGAAGAAGGAGAUUCUGCAUCUCGAUAAUGCAGAGGGGAAGACAGGGGAGGGAAGAUUUCUUCAACAUGGGUGACCCUUUUAGCAGUUUCCGGGGAUUUGGCAGUUUUCCUACCCUUUCUGGUGGAAGAGAUCCAUUUGACGAUCCAUUUUUCACACGUCCUUUUGGUAGCAUGUUCAGUACUGGGGUGUUUGGACCUGGCUAUCCAACUGACGAUACUCCGUCCUCCAAUAAUUCUAAGGGACUUGUCAUUGAAGAACUAAACUCCGAUGAUGAAGGAGGUAUUAGAAAUGAAGAAGAUACAAAUCCCGAUACAAAUAGAAAUGAAGGGUAUCGAAGGCAUGAUGCAUCAAUCAGAGCGCCGUCUGUGGAGCACCCAGAUGAUGAUGUUCAUGCAGAGAACAGGAGCAAUGUUAUUUACAGGAGUGACAGGAGCAGGGUUGGAGAGAAGCAAAAUCAGGGUCGGAGUUUCAGUGCUCAGAGUUGCAAAGUCACCUAUGGUGGUGUGGAUGGAGCAUACUACACAUCCACAAGAACUCGAAGAGCUGACAGUGAGGGGGUUGUGCUUGAGGAAAGCAAAGAAGCGGAUGCAACGACUGGUCAAGCAACACACAGGAUUUCACGUGGUAUUCAUGAUAAGGGUCAUUCUGUGACAAGGAAGCUUGGCUCAGAUGGCAAGGUGGACGCAGUGCAAACCUUGCACAAUCUGGAGAAAGAUGAACUUGCUGGUUUUGAAGAAGCAUGGAAAAGUAGUGGUAAUGGGCCUUCACCUGGAUGGAGCUUUGAUUAUGAUUUGCAGCAGAAAGCAGGCCGCGGCGGCGACGCACAGAAAGGCAGCUCGAGCUCAGGAGGUUGGGCGCUUCCAUCUGUGGACCAGAUAAUGAGGCAUGGUGGGAUGGGGCCGCAAUACGCAGCAAGAUCUACACCUUCUAAUGAAAGAACUAAGAAGGUGGUUAGGAUCAAUAUAGACUAGAUUAUGAGAUCAAUUUUUGCUCACAGUGAGAUUUGUUGAACCGAUCGAUUGUGUGUCGAAGUCUAGAACAGAUAGCGUCCGGUCAUAAUAGUUCUGUGUCGAAGUCUAGAACAGAUAGCGUCCGGUCAUAAUAGUUCUUUGAUACGCUAAUUAGCAUAUUGUUCCGUGUCAAACAAAUUUAAAGUCUUUCCAUGUGUUUGAUCUCCUUCAAUUGUCAGGGAAAGAUUUGCUUCUUCAUUGCCAGGCACUUCUGGUUCUGGAGAAAAUGGCAGGUCACGUUUCACUUUGUGGUUUAUGUCUGGGGAUCAUGAAUGUGAGAAAAUACUAAGUAGUGAUGUUGAAUAUCGGGGGACGGCCUUUGAGGAGUCCAAUGGAAACUUGGAAACCUACUUACCUGAUAGCCGGAUCUUUUAACCUACUCGAAAAUCCUGAUCACGCGAAGUUCUCCGUCGGGCCAGCUUGUGCGUGAUCUGCUAUAUCGAAGUUUGGCAAGAGUUGGUACUUCGAAGAUCGGCGAGAAGAUUUCUAGCCGUCGCUUAGCUAACGGUGGUCUGCGAGAGCCUCGAUAGGAAAUAAUUUAGUCAUGAUCUUAGGUAGGUGGUUGUGGUUAUGGUCAUGAUUGAAUGAGUUCCCUUUUGUUUU